GCUCUGCUGCCUUUGGCCCUGUGUCACUUUGCAGGUGUGCUGCCCAUCAGCAGCUCCCCGAUGGGUUUGUAGGGCAGCCUUUGGCGUGGUGCAGAAGUGGAGCUCAGUAAUAAUUAGCAAACGAUUCAGGUGCACAUUCUGCGUGCAGACCAGUGGAGCACCGCAUCCACUUCGGGAUGCAUCAUGUGCUGCAGACCCGAAUAGCAGCGUGUGCUGCAUUUCACUAGGGGAGCUCCUCCAGACACACAUCCUACAAGAAUACCUGAUAAAGGGGGUGUGGGCUGCUGGGGUUGAGCAAGGCAAAGCAGCAGGAAGCAAGCAGGAACAUGAGCCAGGCCCUGCAGCAGCAGAGGACCCCGAGCACAGUGCAUCUCACCCUGCAUCUCACCCUGUCCCAUGUCCCACCCUGCUCCCACAUCCCCCCCCCCCCACCAGCCCCAGCCCUCUGCUGUGCCUGGUCUGUGUCCUGCCUUGCUCUGGGGAUGUCCCACACUGUAACUCCGGCCUUUGUUCCCGUGUGACCACAUCUAUGUGCACGUGGGGACAGCAGUGCUGUGACUGUUUGCUGCCAUGAGGAGUCCCAGAGCUCUGACCCAGGGUGAGAGCAAUGCUGGGAGCGGCUGGGGAAUGCCCCGAAUUGUCCCCACUGCUCUCUGCUCUGUGCUGAGCUGGGUCUGUGCUGCUCAUGCUGGGGGAUGUGUUUGUGGCUGGGGAAGGAGACAGUGGUUUUGCUCAGUUUGCACCUGCUUCCUCUUUGCCAGUUUUGGGCUUUAUUUGGGGCGGUUUUACCUGGGUGUGAAGGACUCACAGCUCUGUGCCUUUGGCUCCUGCAGUGAUAGGAGCUGCAGUGCUGCCUGCGCUGGGGUCUGCAGGAACACCCCCAGGGAACUUUAAUUGAUAUCCUGUGGUCUCAGGGUGACCCAUCUCCUCCCAAGGGCUGCAGGCUUCCCCAUCACAGCCCUGCAGCACCCACGAAGCAGCACAGCACUACAGCCUGCUGACAUCCCAACUCUCGAUGCUGCGCCCCGUGUUGAGGACGCAAAGAACAGCGGUGACUCCACAGAAUGGCACAGAGGGGACCACGCAGAGCACUGCUCAAACCCUCCGCCCUUACCCCUGGCUCCCUGCCUCAUGCAGAGUUGCACGCUGGCCAUGCCCAGCACCAUUGGCCCUUUCCAGCCCUGUCCCAGCUGCCUGUGGAUGGCUGCAACUCUGGGAAUUUUUUUUCUCAAGCAGGAAGCUGAAGCAUUUCCUCCUCCAGCCGCAGCCGAUGCUUGCAGAGCGAGUUUUGCAAUCCCGUGGGUUUCUGUUCUGCAGCGGGGAGGUGCCUCUCUCCACCUUGCAGCUCUCCCCUCCCGUACUUUGUUGCAUCCGCCGUUGUUGCGCUGCCGGCCCCGACAGGUCCCAGCGAGCAGCGGGGUUUGGCGGAGCACGGAGCAGCGUCGCUGCCUCCCAUGUGCAGGUAGGAGGAGGGCAGUUGUGCUCUGCCUGCAGCUGUGCCGUCCCUGUGGCUGUGCUGUGCCUGCGGCUCUCCCAUGCGUUGCCGGCAGCAGAGGGGAGAGCAGCGGUGACGGCGGUGCUCCUGGUGCAGGCGAUGCAGAGCACCCCCAAUUACCUCUGGAGCACAGAUGACCUGCUGGGCCAAGGAGCCACGGCCUGCGUCUACAAAGCCCGCAGUAAGAAAUCAGGGGAGCUGGUUGCUGUCAAGGUCUUCAACAAAGCCAGCUACCUGCGCCCGCAGGAAGUGCAGAUGCGGGAGUUUGAGAUGCUGCGGAAGCUGAACCAUGAAAACAUUGUCAAGUUAUUUGCAGUGGAGGAGACAGGCAGCAGCAAGCAGAAGGUGCUGGUGAUGGAGUACUGCUCCAGUGGCAGCCUGCUGAGCGUCCUUGAGGACCCUGCCAACGCUUUUGGCUUGGCUGAGCCUGAGUUCCUCGUGGUGCUGCAGUGCGUGGUGGCAGGGAUGAACCACCUCCGUGAGAACGGUGUUGUGCACCGGGACAUCAAACCUGGCAACAUCAUGCGCCUGGUGGGGGAGGACGGGCAGAGCAUCUACAAACUGACUGACUUUGGUGCCGCUCGGGAGCUGGAGGACGAUGAAAAGUUUGUGUCUGUCUAUGGGACAGAGGAGUACUUGCAUCCCGACAUGUAUGAGCGUGCUGUCCUGCGGAAGCCACAGCAGAAGGCAUAUGGGGUCACCGUCGACCUAUGGAGCAUUGGUGUCACCUUCUACCACGCUGCCACCGGCCGGCUGCCCUUCGUGCCCUUCGGGGGACCCCGCAGGAACAAGGAGACUAUGUACAAGAUCACCACUGAGAAGCCCCCCGGGGCCAUUGCAGGCGUGCAGCGACAAGAGAAUGGCAGCAUUGAAUGGAGCUACGAGCUGCCCCUCACUUGCCAGCUGUCAGUGGGGCUGAAGGAUCAGCUCGUCCCCAUUCUGGCCAACAUCCUGGAAGCAGACCAGGAAAAAUGCUGGGGCUUCGAUCAGUUCUUUGCAGAAACCAAUGACAUUUUGCACAGGAUCGUGGUCGACGUCUUCUCCUUGCAGCAGGCGUCCUCGCACCGCAUCUACAUCCACUCCUACAACACUACCAGCAAGUUUUUAGAUGCUGUCUUCAAACAAACGGACAUAGUCCCUCACCAUCAAGAAUAUUUUUUUGAAGGCCACCCAUACGAGUUGGACCCCAACCUCCAAGCCCAUAAUUUCUGCAGAACAGCCCGGCACAACCCUCUGACCCUGCUGAGCUGUGCUGAGCAGCCAGAGGACGUGGUGGGCCUGAGAUACAGAGACCCUGCUCUCGACUUCCCCAAGUUCGUCUCCAAGGUGGACGUGGUGGCCGAUUGCAGCGCUGCCAAGAGCGCGGUGGGCGCCGUGCACCAGGCGCUGCGGAUCGCGCAGGAGCUGCGGCGGUGCCAGGAGCUGACAGUGCGGGGGCUGCACUGGGUGAUUGGCAACCUGAGGUCUGAGUGCUCGAGGGUUUUGGAGCAGAGGAGAGGGGUGCACGCGGUGCUCUCUGGGCUGCAGCUGAUGGAGGGGAAGACCCGUGGGCUGUAUGAGGCCGUUCCUGGAGGCAGUGCACUGCCAGCCCUGAAGGACGUGGCUGCAGUGAAGAUGCGGCUGCAGAGGGUGGCAGAGGAGCUUUCGCAGUGCUCCCACAGCAUCUUUGACUUCCAAGGGGCCCUGGAUGGGAUGGUGUCAGAACUGGUGCAGCAUGGGCAACAAGCUCACGAAGACAAAAGCAUCCAGCAGAUCGAGUGCUGUCUGGAGAAGAUGCAGCUCAUCUACAAGCAGUUCCGCAAGGCCAGGACGUGUCCAGCACUGGGCUACAAUGAGGAGCAGAUACACAAACUGGACAAGGUGAAUUUGGGGCACUUAGCCAGGAAGGUGCUGCUCAUCUUCCAGGAGCAGUGUGCACAGCAGUACCAGGAGGCUCUGGCCCUCCAUGGCAGCAGGGUGAGGAAGGUCUGUGAGAUAAAGAAGCACCUGAAGAGGCUCAGCAACCACAUCAGCACUUGCAGCGUGGAAGCCAGCGAGUGCCAGGACUGCUUGCAGCUGGCUUUGGACAAGUUUCUGCAUACAGUUGUGCCAGAGAAGCACAGCCUGGCCCUGGUCCCUGCAGUGCCUUUACCCGUUCCCCUAAGCCAAACGUGCCAGGAGAUGGCUUUGCAGAUGCAGGAGCUGCUGGAGCAGAUGAAGUCAGUAACGUGCGACCUGCAGUUCAACAACGGCAUCAUCGAGCGGCUCAGCAGGGCUGCUCCUGCUCCUGGGGUCUGAGCAAGGUGUGUUUGCAGCUGCAAAAGAUAACAGGGGAUCACUGCCAGCACCACAGCUCCUGCACCAUGCACUGCUCCGACACUGCCUUGGUGCUAAAGCAGCUCUCUGGAUCCUACCUCUGUGCUCCAGCACCUUCGAACAGUUCUCCAGCGUUGGGUGGCUGCAAGCCUUGAAUAUUUGACGAGAAACUGAUGCAGCACCAGGUUCUUCCCUUUUAAAAAGCGAUCAAAGGACUCGAUGACUUUCUGACUUCUCUGUAUCCCAAUGUUAGUUGAUGAGGAGGAUAGACAGAGAAAUUUUCUUUUGCCUUUUUGCCUAUUUAGGGAAAUUCUAUUCUGGCUCUGCUCACUGAGCCCAGGGCAGGAUGGGCUGCAUCCAAAGGAGGAGAUGACAAAACUGGUUCCAGUGCUGUCGCUGCCCCUGUCACCCUCCUCCUACCCUUGUCCCCAACCCCAGCUCAGCCCCAUCCCAGCACUGCUGAUGGCUGUGGGCACAGGAAGCUGGGGGAGGUUUCUCUGUUUUGAUGCAUUUUUGUAAAUAUAACUGAGAUCUGUCAAAAAGAA